GUACCCUUCAAGUCCCAGCACUUGCCCCCUGCCGCCGCGUAAAGCUGACUGCUCCCCACUCUUGAAAUCUGCGCGUAGCGCGUAAAAUCAUCCGACAAUGUCGUAUACAGACGUGGGCAAUGCUCGUCGUGGCCUACUUGAUGGCACUGGUGUCGUGGACCAGUUCGGCUUUGUCGUCAAUGUCUUCAACACCAUCCAGUUCGCCCACCACGUCUUGAUCCGCCCUGUAGCUGGACUCUAUGCCUCCCGCUGUCCCAACGAAGCCAAGAUCGAGGAGCUCGGGGCCAUCCUGAGGCGAUGGAAAAAGAUACUCUCCAACCUCGAGCCGGAACAAAGGGCGCGAUUCGAGCGUGACCAUCCGGGAGAAUUCGAGGCUAUGAUGGAGUCUAUUGAAGAAUAUGAAGAUCGCCUCGAUGAGUUCACGUUAGAGUUGACCGACAAUCCAUGGGCUCGCUAUUUGCCUAUCAAGGCUCAGUUAUCCCAAGAAUGGGUCGAGAUCUGCACGGGUGUCAAAGACAUGAACAAGGAUUACAAGACCACAACGAAACAGUAUCGCACCAAAAGCAGAUUCAAGGGCGCUCAGCAAACUACCACCAACACUGCAACCCAUCCACCCGCUCUUCCAGCUGCAGGCCAAGCAACAAUGAUUGCUGAUCAUGGUGACGUUGAGAUGCUCCCCAUCUCUACUGCUACAACUCCCGAGAUAACAGAACAACGUGUUAUCAAUCGUGACACGAUGAACGUGACCGAACAAUACCGGCAGAUUUUGAGAGUUUAUCCCAUGUAUAGCGUACCAUCCAGCUCAUUACGGGAUGGCUACGCGAUCGUUCGUGAUUUUAUGGCAUCGUUGGGCCUUCGCGGAGAUAGCUCAGAUGUCUUCAACCCAGCAUAA